AUUCCUGAUCACCAUUUAGCUGCUGGAUGUGUCGCUGCCAUUGUGGAUGGACGCUAAAUCCACGACUCAGAGAAGGGAAGGUGCAGAGCUGUAGCAGAGAAAUAAGAUUAUGGCACAGUCCUUUCAGCAGAGAGAGGAGGAAGAAGCCUGCAGGAGCAGCGUGCAUUCUUUGUGUCGACACAGACAGGUGAGUAUUGUUACACAUCAAUGCAGUAUAUCGUAGGUUAUUUUCAGUGCAUUUUAUUCAUUACUUUUUUUUAUUUUGUAUGUGUAUCAACUUUACAUGUGCACUUGGUUGGUAAAAUCAUAUGAAAUCAAUUGAUGGAGUGAUUUUAUUGCAUUCUGGUUGUAUGAGGUAGUUGUUAUCCUCCUUUCAAUUGUCUGAAGUCAUACAUUCCAAAUAUUGUACAUAUAGUAAGAUGAGUUUAAUAUUGUGUAUUUUAUGUAUUGCUACAUGCUACAAUAUUUGUUAAUACCAGAAAAAUCUAAUGUAAUUACAACAUAAUUACUCCUUCAUAAAUGUAAUCAGUUACCAGGGAAAGUACUUUCAAAUAUGUGAAAUAAUUUGGGUUUAGUUUUGUGUUGCCAUUGAGAGAUGUUGGGCUGAGGGCUGAGCUUACAAUUUUCUACCAGACCACUAGGGGACUCCUCUCUUGUUGAUUAGCCAUUUAGCUUCCUGUGUUGUACUAGCGACAUUCAAACGGUUUCCACUGUGCCAAAGUUAGGCGUAACAGUGGUAAAAAUAACAGCUAAUGUUUUUCCAGUUAAAGUUAAUCUUAUUCAUUACUGGUUCAAACAUUCUAUCAUUGCCCUUGGUGUUAUCAUGCACUGAUAUUUACUGUAUUUCAGCCAUUGCCGCCAUUGUUCACUAGUACGGGACACCCUGUAUAUACUGCUAGCAUAAAUCAAUAUGAUGGUGGUGAAAUGAGCAGUUAUUGCAGUGUUGUUUGCUAGGUUUGCCAUCAGGUAUGAUGCCAGAUAUGGACCAGAUCAUUGGGAGCAUACUCCAAGGAGACCGGGACAGUGUCCAGCACCACCUGCACAGCUACAACACUAAGUAUGCAGAGUGCUUCUUUUGUAACAGGGAGGAGCAAGAGAGAAAACAGCAACAAGAACUGGAAGAGGAAGAACAAAACCAGGGAGUUUGUUCCUGACCCUGACCAGGACAUGGACUCCGAUGAUGAUGACGACCCUGAUCUAUUAUCCCGACAGCGCCUUGCUGAAGCUCUGGUUAACUUCAUCAGCGGUCAGCUUCAAUCAUCACUGUUACGGGUUUGCCUGCAUACGCUACGUAUCCUGUCUCGGGAUAGCAGCGGUCUCUCUCCCAUGGUCACCGAUCGCGCCCUUAUCACCUUGGCAGGCCUGGGAGGCAUUCGCUUGCAUCUUCCAUGCCAACAACAACAGGAAAUAACUGCAGACGGCUCUGACAGAACAUACUGUCAAACAAAUCAGGAUGGUGUACAAAGCGAUGCCUGUGCUAUCGGUACACACAGCUCAGAUCAAGCAUGCUGUAAUGGAGGAGGAAAGAAAGACAUCUGGGAGGAGGACGAAGAAGCGAUGGGGGAAGAUGAGAAGAUGUGUCGAAUGGAGGCCAUGAAGGUCUUGUGUAAUGUCAUCUACAACAGCCCCAUGGCGCAGGAGAGAGCCUCUGAACUCAGGCUUCUGCAAGGUGUGUGGGAGAGUGUGAAGAAGGAUAUCAGCAGAAGAGAACAAGGCACUGGUCAGUUUUACAGGCUGAGACUACUCUUCUUGCUCACCGCUUUGAGGCCUGAACUCAGACUGCAACUGUGGCAGGAGCGAGGAGUAUCAGUGUUGACCAAAGCCCUGGAGCGAUGUCUGGCUGUGAGGUGGGCUGAGGGGUACGAAGUGCUCAGUGAUGUGGCAGGAGCUCCUGUUUCCAUGGAAAUUGCCCAAGAAGUCAUCGAGGUCCUUAAGACACUUUUCAACAUCGCACACAAGUUCAACAGGCAGGAGCCAGAUGAGGAGGAUGCCGCCCAAUAUCGCCACCUUGCCGCCGUGCUGCGACACUGCCUGUUGUUGUCAUACGAUGGAGAGGACACAAGUGAGGACAUCCAAAGGCAUACAGUAAACAUUCUGUCGGCACUGCCACUGAAAUGCCUCGAUGUCCUGCUGUCUGUCCAUGCCGACAAAGCAUCUCACAAAUGGGAGGGCGUCAACAUGGACUGUGUCCACACAUUGCUGUGUUUUAUGGAAAGACGUCUGGACAGGGGUGACAAACUGAAGGAGAAGCUAAUCCCUGUACUUAAUCUGCUCACUGAGAGCUCUCGGGUUCACAGGGAGACUCGUCACUAUUUACGACAAAAGAUCUUACCCCCCCUGAGGGACGUUGCCGUCCGUCCAGAGCAGGACCCCACAGUGAGAGGCCAGCUUGUUCGCCUGAUGACCCACGUCGACACAGAUGUGAAGCACUGUGCUGCUGAGCUGCUGUUUGUGCUCUGCAAAGAGAACGUGAGCCGCUUUGUCAAAUACACUGGCUAUGGCAAUGCUGCCGGGCUGCUGGCCGCUCGAGGCCUGCUGAGUGGCAGGAGGAAUUCAGGGGACUUCCAGUAUGCAUCCCAAUAUUCCAGUGACUCAGACUCCGACACAGAAGAGUACCGAGAGGCUAAAGCCAGGAUUAACCUGGUGACGGGCCGGGUGGAGGCAGAGCAACCUGACCCCAUGGAGGGCAUGACAGAGGAAGAGAAGGAGGAGGAGGCCUGUCGCCUCAUCAGCAUGAUCAACAGACUAUCACAAAAUCAGAUCAUUCAGCCAGUGGGGAUGACAGUGGAUGAGAGAUUUGCUCCGUUGUGCAGCCAAAUGAGUGGCUGCACAUUGCAAGAGGAUGACGAAGUCGAAGAGGAGAAUAUGGAUAUGAUGCCAGAGGAGACAGAAGACAAGCGAAUAUAAAAAUAAUACAGAAAGGAUAUGCUACAUAAAAAAUACUGUAAAGAAUGGAAAAUGAUUUGUUUUCAUAGACUUUCAUAGACAGCAACAGCAAAUAAAUGUGUCAUGAGACACAUAUAUUGCA